UGCCUUCUAAUUUCCACCUCCAAAUACUCAUCCCUAAUUUGUCCUCAUCUCAAUUCCUAUUUUCAUCCGUCCAAACCCCUUUAAACGUUUUCCAAUCCUUAGCCCUUCUUCUUUCUCAUCCUCCUCUUCCCCUGCUCUGCUUUCUCUGUUCGCUUAAGGUUAGCUAAGAUGGAGAUAACAAACGUGACCGAGUAUCAGGCUGUUGCAAAGCAAAAGUUGCCAAAGAUGGUAUAUGAUUACUAUGCAUCAGGUGCAGAGGAUGAGUGGACUUUGCAGGAGAAUCGAAAUGCUUUCUCGAGAAUACUGUUUCGUCCUCGAAUCCUGAUUGAUGUGAGCAAGAUAGAUAUGACCACCACUGUUUUAGGGUUUAAGCUCUCAAUGCCUAUUAUGAUUGCUCCAACAGCCAUGCAGAAGAUGGCACAUCCUGAAGGAGAAUAUGCAACUGCUAGAGCUGCAUCAGCAGCAGGAACGAUUAUGACUUUAUCUUCAUGGGCUACUUCUAGUGUUGAAGAAGUUGCUUCAACUGGUCCUGGAAUUCGGUUUUUCCAGCUUUAUGUGUACAAGGAUAGGAAUGUGGUUGCUCAGCUUGUGAGGAGAGCUGAAAGGGCAGGCUUCAAGGCUAUAGCCCUUACUGUCGAUACCCCAAGACUCGGUCGCAGAGAAGCUGACAUAAAGAACAGGUUUACUCUUCCUCCAUUUUUGACAUUGAAGAACUUUGAGGGCUUGGAUCUUGGCAAGAUGGAUGAGGCCAAUGACUCUGGCUUGGCCUCUUACGUGGCUGGUCAAAUUGACCGCACUUUAAGCUGGAAGGAUGUGAAGUGGCUUCAGACAAUCACCAGUUUGCCAAUCCUGGUUAAGGGUGUUUUGACCGGUGAAGAUGCAAGGAUAGCCGUAGAAGCUGGAGCUGCUGGUAUAAUUGUCUCUAAUCAUGGUGCUCGUCAACUUGACUAUGUCCCAGCAACUAUUAUGGCUCUCGAAGAGGUCGUGAAAGCUGUACAAGGCCGUCUCCCAGUUUUCUUGGAUGGUGGAGUUCGCCGUGGAACUGAUGUCUUUAAAGCUCUAGCACUUGGAGCCUCUGGAAUAUUUAUUGGGAGGCCUGUAGUAUUCUCCUUGGCAGUGAAUGGAGAAGCUGGUGUUAGAAACGUGCUGCAGAUGCUGAAAGACGAGUUUGAGCUAACAAUGGCAUUGAGCGGUUGUCGGAAUUUGAAAGAGAUCACCAGGAACCACAUUGUCACCGAAUGGGACAUUGCACAUCCUCGUCCAUUGCCCAGGUUAUGAAAAUCCAGCCAUCUUGCUUUUUUCUUUCAUGCUGAGCAAACAGCUGCAUCUGUAAUGGGUGGUGUCGUAAAAUAAAUGUGAGCAACCACAUUAUAAUUUGGAUGGAAGAGACGUGUUUUCUCUUUCGAUUAUGAUGCAAUGAAUUUCAUAAAACUAUUGUAACUUGUUUUAAAACUUUGGGGACUGUAUUGGUGUAUGGAUAUUUAUAUACUUUUAUUUAAUGGUGACUGGGCUCAUCAAUUUCUUGUA